GGAUAAGAAGCCUAUAUAUCAACUAUUGAUCGCUAAUGAUGAUAAUACUCAUAAAUUUUAUGAUUAUUUAACCCCGGAUCAACAAACCGAGGGAAUUGUUGUCGAGGAAAGAGGGCGUGUCGGAUCCGAUUCGGAAAAAGUAUUAGCUGAAGUUUUGAAUCGAAUAAAACAUGCUGUUAUAAGAGACGCUGUGGGUUUUGAUUCACGUCAACCUUUGAUACGGCAUCAUGAUAUUCAUAAAAGUAACGAAUCACCGAUAGAACAUCAUGAUUCCUCGUAUCGUUCUCAUGACGAUUCACAAUUGUAUCCGAGUUCUCUAGAGAAAAGGUCUCCUAUUACUGACAAUCAAGCAUCAAAUGAAAAUAAAGAAAUACUCGAGAGUCCAUCUGUAUUGCAUGAUCAUAAUCGAGAACAACUCCAGAACCAACCUUUAAUAGACACCGAGGAGUAUCAUGAACAUCGAAAUUCGUAUGAAAAUCGAGAAAAUCGAGAGCUUGUCGAGAAAAAAGAUUCAAUUGAGAAUCAAGAAUCAUCAAAUCAAAAUAAUGAAUUACUCAAGACUUCAGCUACAUUACAUGAUUGUCAUCGUGAACCUCUUCAGAGAAUGCCAUUAACUCAUGCCAUAUCAACAGAAGAACGUCGAAAUUCUUACGAAGAUGUCAAUUUACAUGAUGAAGGGAUGGAUUCUGACGUGUCAGAGGAUUUCGCGCAAAGUCGAAGUCCACGAACUCGUAGAAGAUCAAUUUCAAAUACAGAAACUCAAAUAACUAAAUUUGAAUCUACAAGUCCACCAAACAAAGGAGAGUCAUUUUCAUCAGGAUCGGAAAAUUCACAGAACCUUGCUGAAGAUAUUGAUCCAGAUGCCGAUCCAUGGGAUGCUCCUGAUUAUUAUGAAAGUUCACAAAUAGCAAAUAAUGAAUCGUCUUAUCCAGAAGAUCAAUCCGAAUAUUGGGAAGAGAAUGAACAUGUUGAAUCGUCCGAAAGUUCGGAAGCAGCAUUAGAUAGUAAUUUAAUAACAGAGCCUGUGAAACGAGAGAUAAAUCAACAUGAAGAACUCCAAGAAUCAGAAGCUUCUAUACAACAAGAUCAACUCCAAAUACGAAAAUCUCAACAACAUAGGAUUUUUGUGCGCGAAAACCAACUACCUAUUAUAUCACAUCAAGAUUCACGAUAUAUCAUGCAACAGGAUCAAUCUCAAACUCAAAAACUUCAACAACAUCGAUCGUCUAUACAUGAAAAUCCACAGAUCGUCCCGCCUAGGUCUCGACCCCAAAUUCUCCAGCGACAAUCAGAGUCUCGCAUUCCUAUGCAACACAUUCAACCUCGAUUACAACGUAUUCCAGACACUUUAUCUAUACAAGAAAUCAAACCCAUUAUGCAACGAUCACAAUCUUUAACACGUGAACAUCGAAUUUAUUCACAACAUUUACCUAAAAUAUAUCCCAUACAACCAACACAAUAUCCUAUGCAAGAAAUUCAGCGAACGUCAAAUAGACAAUUACAAGAAUUCCAAGAGAGUGGAAAAUUUCCGGAACGAACAGAAUGGGAACCUAACAUAGGAAUUGAAAUACCUGAAACAAAUAACAAUAGCAACUCUUUACCAUACCGACCAAUUAUUCGGCGACACACAUUCUCAAGCAAUGAUAAUACCAAUAUCCAAAACACACGAAGACAAGCGAUUAAUCCAUAUUCAUUACAACUGUCAUCAUCUCCUAUUGAUAUUACAUCACCAA